UCUUCAGCAAGAGUUGGUGGCUCCCUGUCCUUACAUCCCAUCAGCAUGAAAGUGUCUCUUGGUCUCAGCCUCCUCCUGACUAUCCUCGACCCAGGGACCACUCUUCAGUGUGAGGUUUGUCACAGCUUAGGAAAAUCCUGCUCUGGUCCCCUGAAAGCCUGCAAUGCUGAUGAAGAUACCUGUGGCACCAUGGUGCAUGAGGCCACGAUAGGGGGGAUGGUAAUUUCUUCAUCCAUCAAGACCUGCCUGCUGUCCAAUGUGUGCCAUCUGGGUGCUGUCACCAUGAACUAUGGGAAAGUCAAAGGAAGAACUGGCUUGGCCUGCUGCGUGGGUGAAGCCUGUCAACAAACCUCACCUUCAUUGCCACCAGUGAGCAACGUGCCCAAUGGAUUACACUGUCCUGCUUGCUACAGCCUAGACUCCUUCAGCUGUGGUAAUGAAACUGUAAAUUGCACUGGAUCUGAAACGCAAUGCAUUGAGCUUGCUGGAUUGAUGAAUUCUGGUGGACUAUCUAUGAAAGUUGCCAUGAAGGGCUGCACCACUCUUACCGAAUGCAGUGAUAAAGGAGAAGGAAAAAAGCAACUGGGAAUGAUAGACAUGAAAGUAAAGCAGUUCAAAUGCAAACCAGCCUCUCUUUUGGCCAUAGCAGUUUCCGGGCUCCCCCCUCCAAAAUCCCUCUUUCUUCCUGUCCUGUCAGGAUUAAUCCUGGAUAAGAUACUUUUCUGAUACUCUCUAGGACUGGCAUAGUAAAAAUCAUUAUAAAAGUCUACCAGUCAUUUGCACAGAUUCCUGUUUGCUCUGACUACUUCUGCAUGGAGGUUUUCAGAUCAGCUCUUGCUCUCCUUUUUUUUUUU